GAGGUAUUUCUUGACAUAGUACAGGGGUGUGACGUAAUCAUAAUGUGUCCAUCAGUGAUGUAGCAUCUAGCAUCUAGCGGUGGCCCAUUGGCAUCACUUUGUAGACAUGUUAGCGACCGAUAAUGACGAUGUAAGAGGGGGUUAGAAAGGCCAGUGUACGUGCGCAUGUUUCAAGGAUUGUUUGGACGUUUCUGAGCUGAAUUGAAGUAUAUCUAUUUUCACAGUGUUUUAUGGCCGCUGGAACAAUCGACGUUUACUGGUUUUCAUCGUUUUACCGAGUAAUAUCUAUGAACCAGGUAACAGUUCGUCAAAAGUGCAGUAUAUCAUUAGUCCUGUUUGUUGACGGCAAAAUUAACCAAUGGUUAAAGAUUAACCAUUGAAACGUACGAGUUUGCGUUGCUGUACUAUCAGGAAACGAGCAAUUUGUUGGGUGUACUUCAGGUGCGCGAAAGCUCUGCUUGUAUUUCUCAUCACACAAAAUGAGAGUAGAACAACUUGCUAAGAAAAUUGGCCGAGUACGGCCUGAGGAUUGUCAUGCGGAUGUGAUACCGCUUCCCGGUGAGGUUCUAAAUCAAACCUCAGGCACUGAGGCACCGCGUGAGGUUUUCAGUGAGGUAACAAACGGCGAGGCCACCAAGACAAGACAACAGACUUGGGAGGUUGGCUACAAGAUGAGCACAGAUGAGAAGAGACGAGGUUCUCAAGGAGCUAGCUUGAGGUUGAAGACAGCCUUGAAGGAUGAAACAAGUGUGGUUGGGAUCAAGAAUGUGGUGGAUGAUAAGGUCCAAACAGGAAGAAAGGUGAUGUGGUUAUGCCUUUUGCUAGCUGGCUUGGGUAUGGUGACAUAUCAAAUUGCAAAGAGCAUCACUUAUUUCCAAUCCUGGCCCGUCAUGGUGAAUGUCGAGGUGGUCUACCCAGACGAUCUAAUCGAAUUCCCAUCCGUAACCAUCUGCAAUUUCAAUAUGUUCAAGAAGAGUGCGGUAGAGAUGUACGGUCCAGAGUUCGUGGAGUUCAUCAACUUGGCAUAUCCAGUAGGAAUGAUGAACUCUAACCAGACACAGCCUGAUUUCAUGAAAUUCAACGACUUUGAUUUGAAUCAGUUCUAUAUGGAUACUGGACACCUCAAGGAAGAUAUGAUACUGGAAUGUAGCUGGCAAGGACAGCCGUGUGGUCACGAUGAUUUCAUUUCAAUACUGACUGACUUUGGUAUGUGCCACACUUUUAAUUCUCGUACCAAAGGUAUGGCGGUCAGACGCAUUAAACAUAGAGGUUCACGGUUCGGACUCCGCCUGCGACUGAACGUAGAGACGGACCAGUAUAUGCCGGGACCACGUGAUUCAGUUGGAGUGAAGGUAUCGCUCCAUCAUCAGGAUGAUAUACCUAAAGGAAUGGCGAAGGAUUUGGGAUUCGCCCUGUCACCAGGCACAUACAACCUCGCUGAAGUAUCUAUGAGUAAGAUUAAGAACCAGCCGCAUCCUUACGGUAAGUGUGGCAGUAAGCAACUCAAACACGUUGAGAUGUACUCCGUCAUGGCGUGUAUAUUGGAUUGCCAAGCUGAUUACGUCAUCAAGAUGUGUCGCUGCAAAGACGCCUUCAUGCCGGGAGAUGUUCUGGUUUGUUCGCCACAUCAAUUACAAACCUGCCUGAAUCCACAGAUGGAAAUGUUCAUCAGCUCGUUUGAGAGUAACUGCGCAUGCCCAGUGCCAUGCGAGCGAACCAUGUACUCCACGAUGCUGUCAUCCGGGAUCUUUCCUGCUAGACACGUUGCCAUGGCAAUGGAUAAAGAGUUUAACAUGUCUAUGGACUACUCGAGAAAUAACUUACUAGAGUUGAUGGUAUAUUUUGAGGAACUGAAGUACACACAGAUUACUCAACAGCCCGCUUACACCUUGGAAGGUCUACUCAGUGACAUCGGGGGUUCCAUGGGUUUGUUCAUGGGGGUCAGUAUCCUCACAAUCUUUGAGCUCAUGGAUGUGUUUCGCAAGGCAUUCUACUAGCUACAGAGGGCGCUUUCCGUAAUUGCAUAAUCCUACUCUAGCGGGCGCUUUCCUAGUUACCACAUGCGGAGCCGAAAGGAAAUUUUUGACCGCCAAGCCGAGUAAUUUAGUGAUAAGUAAAGCGACUAAGAAAUACUUAUCAAGCCAAAUGGUUACAUAUCCCAUCUCGUAAAAGGAUAGCAUAAAAAAGGUACGUUUUCCUUUGUAAUGUUUUAACUAUGAAAUAAUGCGGAAAUUUGGACCUGUUUUGUUAAAUUAAACUAAUUGGGCUUGCAUAACAUUGGCUAUAGGGGAUAGGCCUAUACUACAAAGUUCGUCCGGCAACACAACUGCCUUCACACCGCUUAAAAUGUUAACAUAUCAUUCACUAACCGUUAGUUCAAUCAUUAGGCAUAUCUGAUCAAAUUACAUUUGUUGUUGGAGUCGACACAAAGACGUUCAUCGCUGUAGAGCGACUAUAGUUUGUUGUGCUGAAUCAAAUGUCUAUGGUUAUCCAUUGUAAAAUAAAUGUACCUUUCGUUACAACAGGUGUUGGUUCAUAAAAGUAAAAGUUAAAUAUGUAAGUAUUCAAAUUUCAUUAUUUGAGUAACCCAAAUGUUAUAUUUUAAUAUUGUUUUCAUCUAACUGUGAUUGUAUUCAAGCAUUUAGUAAAAAUACACGUACUAGUAUAACUUUUGUAUGAUUUAAAAAAAAAAAUUUUAGAACUAAGUUUGUACGACCUCCUUGCAUAACAUAGGGUAUAUUAUUUUAUGUCUUGAUAGAUUAAUAACAACAAUAGUACCUUUAAUUAUAUAAAAUGAAGAAAAAUUAACGAUACAAAUACCUGUUUAACUUAUUUUACCAAGAGAAAAUGAUAAUUUAUUUGAAAAGCGAAGCUACAAUCUCAUGCACUCUAUAGAAAUCAAUGGUACAUCAGCCUGCAUAAACUGACAAGAAGGCAUGUUUUUGCCCUUCCUAUUAUUUUGUUUUUGUUUAGUUUCUUAAUUACUUUCUUCAUUUCUUUCCUUUUGUCUGAUUUCUGGCCUCUUGAAUCACUUUGCCAAGUCCCUUGAUUGCCUGUGAAAAUAUUCAUAAACCAGGUUACUGUUAUUUUCACUGAUAACGACAAAGAAAGUACAGGAAACAAACUUCAGUAUAAUAUUAUUCUUUUUACCUU